CCUCAAUCAAAUGCAGCUGCGCCAUCUCUUCUUUGUCCAUUGACGAAAGCCAACAGCACGCUGCAGAGGCACGACGGAGAAAAUUAUCACGACGCUAUUGGAUGAAAGGACUUUUGUCUUUUCGCAACCCACUUUCGUUUGAAACCUCAGCGCAGCGAGUGACUCUCACAUUUAGUGGUCUUCGCGAGGUUUGAGCUCAGUAAGUGCUAACAAAAGCCCCAUUCAAAUCCGCCAUCGCGUCGGCCUUGUUCAACGUCGAGAGCAAAAUGGAAGACACCAAGUACCUGCCGGAGCUCCUGGCCGAGAAAGACAGCUUGGAUUCGUCAUUCACACACGCCAUGAAGCUUAUUUCUGCUGAGAUCGAUAGGAUCCAAAAAGGUGAACCCAAGAAAGAAGCAGAGAAGGAGACGUACCUGGACCUCUUUACUACACAUAAACUUAAAGAGCGUCUACUUAUCCCAUCCAAGCAAUACCCCAGGGUAAACUUUGUCGGCAAGAUUUUGGGGCCACAAGGUAGCACAAUCAAGAGGCUGCAAGAGGAAACUGGUGCCAAGAUUUCAGUUUUGGGUAAAGGCUCCAUGAGGGACAAGAAUAAGGAGGAAGAGCUUCGGAAUGGUGGGGAAGCCAAAUAUGCACAUCUUGCUAUGGAGCUGCAUGUUUUCAUUGAGGUGAUGGGACCCAUUCCGGAAGCACACUUUCGGAUGGCUAAUGCCAUGGAGGAGGUCAAAAAGUUCCUGAUCCCAGAUCCCAGUGAAUACGAUCCAUAUAUGGACCCCCACUUCCUCAAUGGAUCUCACGAUGGUUCAGCCAGGGGACGAGGGCAAAUGGGACGAGGCAGAGGAGGACCACCAGGUGCUGGGCCGAGAGGGCGUGGAUUUCCCCGCGGCGGUCCUCGGGGGGGUAUGCGCGGCGGAGCCCCGCGAGGUGCAAUGGGCCGAGGCAAUUCGCGAGGCGGGCCAGCCGGUAGAGGUGGACCCGCAGCUCCAAAUCGAGGGGCUGGUGCCUCUCGCUCCAGACCCCCUGCAGCCGGGGCACCAAGGAUGCUCCCCGCUUCUGCCCUUUCCCACCAGAAGGUUCCCCCUUCAGGCACCCAACCCAAACCUGAGUCCUAUGAAGACUAUCCUGCUUAUGAGGAUUCAUAUGCAGAGCCAGCCUAUGAGGGGUAUGAAAAUUAUUAUAACCAACAACCUGUGCCCACUGAUACUGAGUAUUACGAUUAUGGUCAUGGAGAGCCCCAGGAAGCGGCCUAUGAGCAAUAUGGUCAGGAGGAUUGGGAGAACCAAUGGUCCGCCGCUGCUGCUGGAGGCAAGGCUGCUCCAGCCAGGCAGACAAAAGGAGCCUAUAGAGAGCAUCCCUAUGGAAGAUUCUGAACAGCUACUGGUAGAGAGUUGCCACAGCAACUGUCUUCGAUUGUAACUCACUUAACGUUUCAAAGUAAUUUCCCUCAUUUUUCCCCCUUUUUAUGGUUUAGUUUAUUUUUAUGGUUUUGCUUUUUUAAGUAAAAAUUUUGUUGGAUGUGUCGGAUUUCCAGGGGCUAAAAGAUGUUAAGUUUUUGUCGUGGUUUACUGUUUCCAUUUAAUAACUGUUACAAUGCGUAGUUGGCAGUUCUAGCCUGACAAACCUAAAGUGACGUUCAUAUUUUAAGUGGUAUUUGCUGGUUUAUAUUUUAAUUGUGUCAGAUAUGUUGUGGCGAAAGAAAACACCUAGCCUGCAUAUUAGUAAUUCUCAAAUGAAUCAAAAGAGGAGCGCUUAAUUUGGAAUUCAAAAUCUUGUUUAAUAGUCCCUGCAAAUCUUAAGAUUUCGCAACUCGUCUUUUAUAAAGUCACUUAAAUCUUAUGGUAAUAUAGUUCAUCAAUGUAAAAAUAUACCUGAUAAUCUGAUAUUUCACACAAUUGCAAAAAUACUAAAGCCCAACCAAUUUUCAAUGUUUGUAUGGAAGGCUGCAACCUCAAUAUUCUGUACAUAACUGUAGGACAACUAUGUAUGUUUUAGACACAUUAAAAUGCAUAAGUGUGUACGUUUGGCUAAAUAGGAUUCUAAAGACGUAUAUCCAAAUGUCUUUUCUGCAGUGCGCUGUUUCUAGAUUCAGUUUAAACAUGACAAAAACAUUUUGCAUUUGUUGUACAAAAUAAAAUUUCCGUUGGUGAAAAUGUAAGUGUAUUUGACGCUGAAAAAAAGCUACAUGUGUACUUUCAGUCUGAUUUUUCUUUAAAACAAAACAAGUGUUUUGACAUUGAACUUAGUGUGUUUUCCCAAAUUUUUUAGAUACACUUGUAAUGUCACUUACAAUAAAUAAAGCUCAUCAUUCCAAGAAAUAAUGGUCUGGCAAAUAUAAGUUGGACUUGAUGAUAUCCUGCUUGAAUAUGUAUUGUCGCCAACCUUUAGUGUAUCACCAACUCUCGAAGGCAUCAGCCACUUGCAGUAACUGUAUCUCAACAAUAUUUCAAACCAAGCUUGCAGGGGUCUUGACUUUGAAGCAAAGUCAUGCUGGCUGCUUUUUUAUAAAAGAAAAAAAUCGCAGAGGGGAGGAUUCUAAAAGCCAAAAGAUCGCCACAAGAAGGUAAAACUAACCAACUCUCUUAUUAGAUCUUUGUGUUAUAUUGUGACAAGUGCAAGGUAAUUUAUAUACAAAAUGCACCAAAGAUGCUCUACGGACCAAAUAUGCCAUCGGCUGUUCAGAGCAAAAUAUACCGUACCAAAAAAAUAAAUGUUUAAUUUACUCCAAUACCUUUUAUUUUUAGCUUAUCUGAACUUUGUAAAUUGGUGAAAAUUAGUGUUUAUAAUAUACAUCACAUCUAACAAUAUGUGGUUGUGAUAUCCUGAAAAUUAGUGUAUGAUUACAUCACAUCUAACAAUAUGUGGUAGAAAUAUCCCAAUAAUGGAAAAAAAUGUUUUGAGUUGGAUAAAAAUAGUCCAUGUUAAGAUUUGCAUGUUUGCUUGUGAGAAUGUAUGCGAGAGUGUUAAGAAUUCACGUUUGCAAUGCCUCUGUGAACUCAUUUUGUCUCUUUUCAUAGGUUUUUACUGAAAUGUCUCAAUGCUGGAGACAUACUCCCACUCUCCCAUACCUAUUAUAGUUGGUCUUUCUAGUGUCUUGAAACAUUUGCAGCAUGGAAAGCUGCUCAGUCAUCCUUGAAUCUGGACUACACUAAAUAGAAUGUUUCCUGAGGAGACGUUUCAUUUCCCCACAUUGAGGAAUUUAAAUGUAAAUUGUUUGUGUUUUUGAAAGGAAUCGAAAUUGCAAUGUCGAUUUUUUUAUAUAAUAAAAGUAUUUUUAAUUGAAA